GGUGGAUUGGCUGGAUUAAAACAGGACAUAUUAGCAGCAUUUAACCUUCAGUUACUCUUUAUGUAGUUAGAUAGGAGUCGUGUUUCUUUUUAGCUGAAAAACCUUACACCCAGAGAGACAGCCAGGUUCAUAAUGGAUAUAAGGAAGGCUUUUUCAAAAACAGGAGCCACAUUCAGUCCAAAGAGGGAGAGAGGAAAGAGGGGAACGUGAGGAGAAAGUACAAGGUCAGGAAGAACCAGAUCACCAUUGUGAUGAACCAGAAUGAACCCCUCAGUUUCUUGCACCGUCACAAUGAGGCUUUUUCCACCGAGCCUCUGAAAAACACUGGCAAAGGAGCUCCUCUGGGCUUUUACCACGUCCAGAAUAUUUCUGUCGAAGUUACAGAGUCUUUUAUUGAGAACAUCAAGAGCAAGCCCGUCGUGUUUGAAGUGUUCAGCCACUACCAGCAGCACCCGCUGCACCUCCAUGGCCAGGACGUGAACAGCAUCCAGGAAAUACUAUCCUAUUCCCAUCCGUUGCUUAGAAACUGUCCUGAGGAGACAGCUUCAGGAUCAAUGACAUGUCAUUCACACCAAUGAAGACGUGAGAUCUGAAUGGCAUCAGGCAAAGUUGCUAAGCUUGACAUCACAGACAACAACGACGGCACAGUUGCUGUCGAAUAUGCUCCCACAGAGGCCGGUCUGCAUGAGAUGGAUCCAUGCACAUCCCGGGAAGUCCCUUGCAGUUCUACGUGGAUUACAUGUGCCUAUGGCCCUGGCCUUAUCCACGGGACGGUCAACAAGCCAGCUGUCUUUACUGUUAACACCAAAGAGGCUGGAGAAGGUGGUUUGUCUUUUGUCUCUGGCCAUUAAGGGUCCAUCCAAGGCUGGACUGUGUGGACAACCAUGGCGGAACCUGCACUGUGUCUUACCUUCCAGUGCUGCCAUGAGACUGCAGCAUCCUUGUUAAAUACAAUGACAAACACACCCCAGGCAGCCCCUUGUCUGCUAGGAUUACUGCUAACAUCAGUGUAGACCAUCCAUGCAGCCUCUAAGAUGGCAGCCCAAACACUACAGUAAAGUAAUUCAUUUCCUGCUGGAUCUGGAGAUGUUCCAAGACUACAUACCUGGAAACAUUCUGAUCAGAUGCCCCAAACCACCUGCUUCUCCCCUCUCCUGCAGCUCAGCCACAAACCACAGCCCACCACAAUAUGAUAGAAAAGGUGCAUUUAUGCCAUUAGUGUGCCCUAGGAAUCACUGCUGGAUCUCUAGGUGACGAUUCCAUGAGGAUGUACCAUCUGAAGGUGGGCUGAGCUGCAGAUAUUCCACUGGACAUAGGAGAGCUUGACCUCAGCCAGCUGACAGCCUCUCUUACAACACCCUCGGUGCGAGAGGAGCCCUGCCUGCUGAAGAUGCUGCGUAACGCUCACAUUGGAAUCUCCUUUGUUUCCAAGGAGAUUGGUGAGCACCUUGUUAACAUCAAGAAGAACGGCCGUCAUGUUCCCAGCAGCCCAAUUGCUGUUAUGAUCAAGCAGUCAGGGAUUGGUGAUGUGAGCCGUGUGAGUGGACCGGGGCUGACCGAGGACAGGACCUUUCAGCCUGCAGAGUUCAUCGUGAUGCAGGUUGUUAGGCUGUCGAUAUCCUCCUACAGCGGCUGAGAUCCUUUGGUGUGAACAGGACUCUUCUA